AUGGAAAUAAUUCACGGCAAAGAUUUGCCGUUUUCUGACCUUUCCCUUAAGCACCGUAACAAUGGUCUAGCAUUCAAAAACUUAUUCAUCGGUCAAGAGAAUACACCCGAGAAUCACCUCUUCGCCCUCGUCCGGUCAGUUGGGUUUUAUUCCCCGCGCCACAAACAUAACUUUGACCAGUUUCGCUACGCUUAUAAGGGUGACAUUUCCAUUAACCCUGACAAAAAUGCUGCUGAAGGGGAGCUUGUCUACCAUCCCGAAGGUGUCUGCUACGGGCCCCAGAAAGAUUCUGAAGGGGAGCGGGUGGUUCUCAUUCUACAAUUCGGUGGAACAAGUGGCCAAGGUUUCCUUUCAUAUCGCCAGUUGGAAGAAGGCCAGAAAGAGCUUGCCCAGCUCGGCCAUUUUGAGGGAGGUAAAUAUUAUCGAAACGGGAGCCAUGAAGGUGAUGAGCCGCAAGACGGAUAUGAAGCGCUGUGGGAAAAGUUCAACGGCCGACGCCUCGUCUACCCACCCGGUCGCUACAAAGACCCCAUCUUUAUGAGUCCGACCAAUUAUGCAUGGCGCCCGGCAGACAAUCUGGCGAAGACGGACGGGGUGGCUUUCAAGAAGUCACUUGGAGUGUUUACCGAACGCGAAACCCGAGCAGAGAUGAUCAAAAUCAAGAAGCUGGGACAGUUUUCUAUCGCUUCUACGAAUGCAAUACGACUGCUUUUUGUUGUCAACGGCGCAGGCGAAGUGGAAGGGCAGCCGUGGGAAGAAGAAUCGGCGAUACGGGUCUCGCCUGGCAAGGAAAUUGUGCUCUCUGCAAAUCAAGAUGCGGAAAUUCUGCUGUUCACCCUGCCAUUGUUAAAUUAUUAUGAGCUGCGCAUCUAAAG